AUGGAGCCCAGCUUCCCCCCUUCACAGGCUCCUGGAAAACAGACCCGAACAUACAACUCACCAUACCCCAAUGGAGGACCAUCCUCUCACAAAUUCACGCAACAUCCACAUGCACCAAUAUCCAAGAAAGUGGAUAUAAGAGAAUAUCCAGAUGGCACUACUCUCCUGCCAAAAUACAUCGCAUUUUCCCAAACACACCAGAUGUCUGCUCGAAAUGCUCCCAACCGAAGGCGUCCCUCGCACACAUCUAGUGGCACUGCCCGCUCAUGCAACGAUACUGGACAAACAUUGCGAUAA